GUCAAUCAUACAAAAAUCCAUUACCUUUCAGUCUACCUACUCCUCCACAACAACAAAUUUCAGUAAUUAAAAACAGAAUACAACUGGAAAUCUCCUUUUGCAAAGAGCCAAAGAUUCAAACUUUUAACUCUCAACAUACAAAUAAACCACAACAAAAUACAGACAGAGAGAGAGAGAAACUAAAGAAAGAUGGCACAGAUUAGCAAGAUGACACAAGGGAUACAAACCCUUUAUCCCAAUUCCAAUAUUCAUAAACCCCAAAUUCCCACAUUUUCACCUUCUCUUUCCUUUGGAUUGAAAAAUUCAGCAAAAUCUAUGUGGGUCUUGAACAAAGAUUCAUUCUUGAAAAAAGAUUCAAUUUUUAGGAUUUCAGCAUCACUGGCUACAACACAGAAACCCAAUGAGAUUGUUCUGCAACCAAUUACAGAGAUAUCUGGCACUGUUAAAUUGCCUGGCUCUAAAUCCUUAUCCAAUCGUAUUCUCCUUCUUGCUGCCCUCUCUGAGGGAACAACUGUUGUUGACAAUUUACUUAGUAGUGAUGAUAUUCAUUACAUGCUUGGUGCGUUGAAAACACUUGGACUGAAUGUAGAAGAAGACAGCGCAAACCAACGAGCAACUGUUGAAGGUUCUGGUGGGCUAUUCCCUGUUGGUAAAGAGUCCAAGGAAGAAAUUCAACUUUUUCUUGGAAAUGCAGGAACUGCAAUGCGGCCACUAACAGCAGCCGUUGUUGUAGCUGGCGGAAAUUCAAGGUAUGUACUUGAUGGAGUUCCUCGAAUGAGAGAGAGACCAAUUGGUGAUUUGGUUGAUGGUCUUAAGCAACUUGGUGCAGAGGUUGAUUGUUUCCUUGGUACGAAAUGUCCUCCUGUUCGAAUUGUCAGCAAGGGAGGUCUUCCCGGAGGGAAGGUGAAGCUCUCUGGAUCCAUUAGCAGCCAAUACUUGACUGCUCUCCUUAUGGCUGCUCCACUGGCUUUAGGAGAUGUGGAGAUUGAAAUCAUUGACAAACUAAUUUCCGUACCUUAUGUCGAAAUGACAUUGAAGUUGAUGGAGCGAUUUGGUAUUUCUGUGGAGCACAGUAGUAGCUGGGACAGGUUUGUUGUCCGAGGAGGUCAGAAAUACAAGUCUCCUGGAAAAGCUUAUGUAGAAGGCGAUGCUUCAAGUGCUAGCUACUUCUUGGCUGGAGCGGCCGUCACAGGUGGAACUAUCACUGUUGAAGGUUGUGGGACAAGCAGUUUACAGGGGGAUGUCAAAUUUGCUGAGGUUCUUGAGAAAAUGGGAGCAGAAGUUACUUGGACAGAGAACAGCGUCACAGUCAAAGGACCACCAAGGAAUUCUUCUGGAAUGAAGCAUUUGCGUGCCAUUGAUGUGAACAUGAAUAAAAUGCCUGAU